AUGAGUGAGUUUAAAAUCUACUGCUUCACAAUCAGAUUCUAUCUACCCUUUAAUUUUUACAGAACCGCCAAUCUUCCUGUUGAUUUUUCUACUCAAUUUCUUAUGUGUGAAUGUGAAUGGAGAUUUGAGUGAUUAUGAAUUUGAAGUUUCGAUUGCGAAACCCAUAUUAUCAAGCACAGCUUCAAAACCAAAAGCACCAGAAAUUGAGAAAACUGCACCUUCGCCGACUUCAGUUGCCACAACCACAACUCCAAAACCUACUACACCAUCAACUACUGUAGUUCCCACAACUCCUGUUGCCACAACUACAACCAUACCUUCGACUGCAAAAACUACAUCAGUAACUCCUUCAACAACCACAACUCCAAAACCAACCACACCAUCAACUACUAAAGUGCCCACAACUCCUGUUCCCACAACUUCAACCAAACCAACGACACUAUCAACAACGCCUGUUCCCACCACUCCUGUUGCCACAACUACAACCAAGUUAACCACACUAUCAACAACUCCUGUUGUCACAACUACAACCAAACCUUCAACAACCACAACUCCAAAAUCAACCACGCCUGCAACUUCUGAAGUUCCCACAACUCCUGUUCCCACAACUACAACCAUACCUUCGACUGCAAAAACUACACCAGUAACUCCUUCAACAACUCCAAAACCAACUACACCAUCAACAACUCCUGUUCCCACAACUACAACCAAACCUUCAACAACACCUUCGACUGUAAAAACUACACCAGCAAAACCUUUAACAACCACAACUUCAAAACCAACUACACCAUCAACAACUCCUGUUGCUACAACUACAACCAAAUUAACGACACUAUCAACAACUCCUGUUCCCACAACUACAACCAAACCUUCAACAACCACAACUCUAAAACCAACUACACCAUCAACAACUCCUGUUCCCACAACUACAACCAAGUUAACCACACUAUCAACAACUCCUGUUGCCACAACUACAACCAAAGUUUCAACAACCACAACUCCAAAACCAACUACACCAUCAACAACUCCUGUUGCUACAACUACAACCAAAUUAACGACACUAUCAACAACUCAUGUUGUCACAACUACAACUCUAAAACCAACUACACCUCCAAAACCUACUACACCAUCAACAACUCCUGUUCCCACAACUACAACUCCAAAACCAACUACACCAUCAACAACUCCUGUUCCCACAACUACAACCAGACCUUCAACAACACCUUCGACUGCAAAAACAACACCAGCAAAACCUUCAACAACCACAACUCCGAAACCAACCACGCCAUCAACUACUGAAGUUCCAACAACUCCAACCAAACCAACGGAUCCACCAAUAAUUCCUGUUGCCACAACAUCAACUCGUUCUCCAAUACUUCCACCAGUCUCACCAGUCGCCCAACCACUUGUCACCAAUUUGAAAUGCUCAUCCGAAGAUCAAACUUGUCCGAUGUAUUGUGAGGAAUUGAAAAAAAAGCCGAAGUCCACGAAAGAAAUGUAAGCUUCUUUAAAAAAAUCUUCUUGAGAUCACCCCGAAAAUAUUGAUUUUUUGCAGGACAACUUCUCAAUUGCUUUUCUAUGUCUUCCUGGGUUUGCUCAUUAUUUUGUUCAUUAUUCUUGUUGUGUUGGUCAUUUAUUUUGCGAUUUUGAAGAGUAAGUUUGAUUGGGAAUCAAAAGAAGAUAUUCUCUCCAUUCGGCUGAAUAAUUCAAAAAUCACCUAUGAAUCGGAGAGGCUAGAUUCCCAAAAAAGUUCCAAUUUUCAAAACCAUAAACGUUUUUUCCAGGAAAACUCAACAAAAAACGUGAAAAACAACAAAAAGAGUCAGCAAUUCGAACACCUUUAGCGGGAACUCCGAAAUCACAAGAAGAAACACCAAAAGAUGCUGCAAUGGAAGGAGAUCAUGGAGUAGUUGGAACUGGAGGAGAAGCGGCAAAGAAAAAUAAGAAAAGUAAACGGAAUGAUGUGAAAAAUAAGAAGAAGAAGAGUAGUCAGAACAAGAAGAAUUCGUUGAAUAAAAAUGUGCAAUUUGAUCGAAAUAAUCCAGAAACUCGCGCAAGACAUCGAAAAUAUAUUCAACAAUGUAAACAACAAGAAAAGGAGGACGGAGAUUUGAAGAACUUCAAGAAAAGUGGAACUAUAUUCAUACCGCAUGCUGUUUUUGAUGAUGCAUUUUUGAAGAAAUGUGAGGCUCCUGAUAAUAUUCAACUUGAGAGGGUGUUUUACGAUCCCAGUGGGAAUGAGGUUAGUUUUUUUGGACGAUAGGAUACGAUAAUUUGAAAAUUGAAACGAACUUUUUAAUUUUCAUUCGAAACACUGAUUUUCAUGAGAUUCAAAAAAAUCAGAAUUUAUUUUACAAAAAUUCGAAAAUUCUAAUUUUUGUCUGAAAAUUGAAUGAAUUUCAUUUUAUAUGCCGAAUAUAAUUAAAAAUUUCCCAGCUUCUAUGAUUUUUCAACAAAAAACUAAUGCUGCUUUUUUCAGGUGUUCGACAUUGGGUCAGACGUCGACAACAUAGAAUUGAACCCAAGCACAAUGAUAACUUCGGAUGCGGACACAACAAGAAAAUCAGUGAUGACAAAAACCGAAGAGAAGAGUUCGACAAAUCCACCACAAAAUCUUUAA